AUGGCGGCUUCUGCAACGCCCCAGGGCUCUCUGCGCCAACGAAAUGUCGGCUCUUCCAAAAAAGUGGCUGGCGGCACGACAGCCAACGACAACCAAGAGCUCGACAAGCUCGUCAAGGCCGCCGCGGCCCAGAAGAAGGCCGGCUUCGAAUGGGAUCACGCCAUUUCCCUCACUGUCAUGACCGUGCUCGGCUUCAUCACGCGUUUCUGGGGCAUCAGCCACCCCAACGAGGUUGUCUUUGACGAAGUUCACUUUGGCAAGUUCGCCUCCUAUUACCUCGAGCGUACAUACUUCUUCGAUGUCCACCCGCCUUUCGCCAAGCUCCUAUUCGCCUUCAUGGGCUGGCUCGUCGGCUAUGACGGUCAUUUCAAGUUUGAAAACAUUGGCGAUUCCUACAUUGAUAACAAGGUGCCCUACGUCGCCUUCCGAGCUCUGCCCGCCAUCCUCGGUGCUCUCACUGUCUCUGUCACCUACCUCAUCAUGUGGGAGUCUGGCUACACCGUGCCCGCCUGCCUCAUCGCCACCAUCCUGGUUCUCCUCGACAAUGCCCACAUUGGCCAGACUCGCCUUAUCCUCCUCGACGCCACCCUGAUUCUGGCCAUGGCGUGCAGCUUGCUCUGCUACAUCAAGUUUUACAAGCAGCGCCACGAACCUUUCGGUCGCAAGUGGUGGAAGUGGCUCAUCUUUACCGGCUUCGCCCUCUCCUGCGACAUGUCCACCAAGUACGUUGGUACCUUUGCCUUUGUCGCCAUUGGCUCCGCCGUCAUCAUUGAUCUCUGGGAGCUGCUUGACAUCAAGCGCGCUGGCGGCGCACUCAGCAUACCUGUCUACAUCAAGCACUUUGCUGCGCGUGCCCUCGGCCUGAUUGUCAUGCCCUUUCUCUUCUACCUCUUUUGGUUCCAAGUCCACUUUGCCAUUCUGAGCCGCUCUGGCCCCGGCGACGACUUUAUGACUCCCGAUUUCCAGGAGACCCUCAGCGACAAUGUUAUGCUCGCCAAUGCUGUCGAUAUCCAGUACUAUGACACCAUUACAAUUCGUCACAAGGAGACCAAGGCCUACCUCCACAGCCAUGAUGAGAAGUACCCUCUCCGCUACGAAGAUGGCCGCGUCUCUAGCCAGGGCCAGCAGGUUACCGGAUACCCUUUCAACGAUACCAACAACUACUGGCAGAUUCUGCCUUCUAGCGACGACAAGAAGACUGGCGUCAAUGUCCUCAACAAUGCCGUAGUCCGUCUCAAGCACGUAGUCACCGACACGGUCCUGCUCUCCCACGACGUCGCCUCUCCUUAUUAUCCGACCAACCAGGAGUUUACCACCGUCUCCUUGGAGGAUGCUUUCGGCAGCCGCGAGAACGACACUCUGUUUGAGAUUCGCAUCGAGAAUGGCAAGGCCAACCAAGAGUUCAAGACAGUCGCCAGCCAUUUCAAGCUGAUUCACUUCCCGAGCAAAGUCGCCAUGUGGACUCACACUAAGCCUCUGCCCGAUUGGGGUCAUAAACAGCAGGAAAUCAACGGCAACAAGCAGAUCCCCCCUAGCUCCAACAUCUGGAUCGCCGAGGACAUCCCUACACUCGACCCCAAGGACGCCCGCCGCGAGAAGCCCGCGCGCAAGGUCAAGCACAUGCCUUUCCUGCAGAAGUACUUUGAGCUUCAGGGUGCCAUUUUCUACCACAACAGCAAAUUGACCAGCAGCCACCCCUACGCCAGUCACCCUUACCAAUGGCCCUUCCUGCUCCGUGGUGUAAGCUUCUGGACCCAGAAUGAUACUCGCCAGCAGAUUUACUUUGUCGGCAACCCUCUUGGCUGGUGGUUUGCCAGCGGUCUCCUCGCAAUCUAUGCCGGUAUCAUUCUUGCCGACCAAAUCUCCCUUCGCCGUGGUGUCGACGCCCUGGAUCGCCGCACCCGCUCCAAGCUCUACAACUCUACCGGUUUCUUCUGGCUUUGCUGGGCUACUCACUACUUUCCAUUCUUCCUUAUGGGUCGCCAGCUCUUCCUGCACCACUAUCUGCCAGCUCACCUUGCCUCUUGUCUGGUAGCCGGUUCACUCGUCGAGUUUGUCUUCACCACUGGCGCUUCUCCCAACACCGACCGGCCCGGCCAUAAGAGCCUCACCGCCAAGGAGCGUUUUGCUGGUCAGAGCCUGUUUGGCGUCUGGAUCGCCUCUGGCGUCGUGACCGCUAUUAUUGCAGGCGGCUGGUACUUUUACCUGCCGCUCACCUAUGGCUACCCCGGUCUUUCUGUUGCCGAGGUGCAGGCCAGGAAGUGGCUCAACUACGACUUGCACUUUGCCAAAUAG